AUUUGGGCAAGGCCAUUACACGGAUCCUGACCUUGACAGGCACUACUGUUGGACAAGGGAUGCGUGACAGUUUGCAGCAAUGUGGUGAUGUCCGACAGGCUUGUGUCAAUCUGCAGUUUUACGCUCUAGACGCAACUCCUAGUGGAGUUGGAGGGAAGAAGAGUGCUAUUAUGGUUUUGGUUGGUGUGUUUGUUGACUUUGAACGUUGUUUGCUUGAUAGAUACUGGUGGUUUAAUGCCUACUUUCGAUGUAUUAGCCUUGGUCUUGGUCAAUAUUCUUGUUGCAUUGGUAGUCAAUGUUUUUGUCCAUAAGUGACAGGGCCAUGGUCUUCAUCCUGUUGUACUACAACAUCUUACUUCCAUUGCAUACUACUUCCUCUAAGACACAACAUCAACCAGCGAGCAUUCAGACGCAAAAUGCAAGUACAACUGCUCAAGCAGUGCCUCGUACCACAGCUAAGCGUGGUGGAGGUGGUCGAGGAAAGAAGCGUUUCGGUAUUGGUGCAGGCACAUCGUCUGAACAGGUAUCGCAAACUGAUGGCUCCCAACUAGAUCCAUCGCAAAGUACAGGUGCUGUAGGUGGAGGUUCGUCAAGUUCUACUUUUAGUGCUGCAAUAGGAAAAGCCAAGGCCAAGUGCAAGUCCUUGUCUGGUAUAUUUUUUCCAACGAUAAACGAGGAACAAACUUCUAACACAGGAGAACUACCUGUAGGACAACAGAAUCCUUUAGGACAGCCGCAUUCUCUAUUAUCUUCGUCCACUAGUAGUGCAGCAGUAGUUGUAGACCCUUCUGGCAUCGGUCACAGCACUGACGAUCCCAAUCCCGACUCAGCUUUAGAGGCUCGCACACAGCGACUAGAUAGCUUGCACUUCUUCCACGCUCUAGGUCGGGUUCUUUACUGUAAAAGAUGCGAGCCACGUGCUAGACCAGAGAUUUUAUUACAGGAGUUUACUACCUGGAAAGAAGCGGAGACGAAGAUGUUUUGGGAGAAGUAUCGUAAGCAGGAAAGUAAUAGAAAUACAACAACUUCUUCUAGCAGGAGCAUGAUGGGUAAAAAUAGGAACUCUGCUUACAACUCUGGACGACACGCGCAGGACCAGGAUUUCCCGAGUAGCAGAAGUGGGAAGCCUUUGGUGAAGAUAGAACAAGAACAACGAGUCCAACAAGCUCCAAUAUCAUCAUCCAAACGCCCUCCAAAUGCCAAAGGAGCGGCCAUGAAAGACGAUAUUAUUGACUUGCUCAGCGACUCAGAACCAGAAGGAACAGCUGUUGGAGGCCCUGCUUUGAAAAAGCCCAGACUCAUGGAGACGGGUGCUGAUGAAAAUGUUGUAGUUGUACUGGACAGAUUGGUAGAUCACGAGCACGACAACAUCAGGAGGAUAAACGUAGUAGACCAAAACAACAGCAACACGAACACCAACGACCCAAUAGUGACUCUACCUCGUCCGCCAUUGCAUAAGGAGUACGAGCAGAAACGUGGCAACAAAAAAUCUCAACACAAGCUCAUUGAGGACAACGCGCGGCAAGUAUUUCCCCAUGAGUACACUGUUCAGCAGACUGACAUGAUACUGACAUCUCUGACCACAUCUAGAGAGCAAAUUUGCAAAAGUAUCCGACCACCUCUGUACUUCGAUUUGCCGCAGUUGAUCGAAGUGCAAGAACCCAGAAUGUUUUCACACUUCCUUUUCACCAACGCGCCCAAAUUCAUGUCCGAUAUCAACGACGCCUCAGCCUUUCUCGAUACAGUAUGUAAUGUCAGCGCGCAUGCGAAUCGAGGUACUUUUUAGCGUUUUUACUACUCUAGUUUUAAGUACUUAUAAAAAUAGAACAUUUCUUAAGAAGGAUGUUGGAUUGCAUGGCAUUGCAUGCAUUGCAUGAGCCGAGGGGGCCAGAGUGCGACCUUCUUAAGGGAGCGACACGGGGGCGAAGACUCAGGGCGCGGCAUAGGAAUACUUGGCUCCGUUGGAGGAGUACUCGAAUAGUGCUGGCACGUACUAGCUAUUGUAAGUAGCUCGACUAGGCUAGCUUGCCUGUGAUCUCGACCGUCUUGCUCACUGUUCCCUUGCGCACACAGGCCGCGGCGUUUGCGCUGCUCCUUGCUUGUUUCUGGGGCGAGGUCACAGUGGGGCCGUGUUUGUGUUCGUGUAUCGUAAAGUAAUUCUUCGGCGGAGCAGCCCGGUACUGCGGAGGAAGUAUGGCGCCUGAAGGGCGCCGCGAAAAAUGUAUUGCUUUUUGGGUGGUCCAUCCAUGCAAUGCAUGCCAUCCAUGCCAUGCAAUCCAGAAGUUGGGAAGUUGCCGGAUAUUCUAUUAUAAAUUAUAAUCUACUAGUUCUUUUCAGUACAACUCAAUCGUUGAUUUCUAUCCUUGUAAUCUACUCUUGACGAGGAUGCAUCAAUUUCAAUAGCACUAAACAUUGAGGUCGUUACAAUUUUUGGGAUGGGAAUGACUUGGAACUUUGCUGCCGCGGUUACUUAGAUGCUAAUGUGCAUUCAUGCAAGCCUGGCGGCCUCUACCAAUUUCGUCGGAGCCGGAUAGCCGACGUGGAUCGCGCGAUACAGCGAAGUCGAGCAGAAAUGCACUGGGAAAGUGCCGAAUUGUCUUCGAGAGGAAUGGCGGAAGGAGCAGAGGCUAGUUUAGUUAUGAUUGCUAGAAGAAUUAUAUAGAAACAUGGACAUAGGCCAACAUCCUAGUGAUCUUCUAACUCACAUUACGGCCAUUUCGAAACGUUUUGCGCUGUAGAUCAGAUUUUGCGGAACACGUGUGGCAGAAUCCCGGCUCUGCCCGUGCCUGCGCUGCAUAGAAUCACGCAGUUGGCUGAAAAAUUUCGCGACGAAGAAUUCAGCUUCGAUCCGAAGGCGGAAGGUACUAGGGAUAGAGGAGGUGAGAAGAUAGAUGGGAAUAAACACACAGUAAACUCCUCAACUUUAAGCAUCCGUCAGCGCAAGCCAGGCGACGUUGAGGCUUUGGAUUCGCAAAAUCUGAUAAAGAAAGUUGAGAAAGGUAGAGUACGCCUCAUACAUGAUGAUAUUGAAGAUGGAGAUAGCGACGAUUAGAUGAAAGCACGCAAAUAGUAUCUACUUCCGCCGCACAUUUCUAUUUCAUUUACCAAAUAAUGACGCAUCAGUUAUUAAUUGACGCAUGUCGCAUCGGAUUUGAAAUCAAACAACAACACUGUUCCAAGUCAUCUAAGCGCACUCAUGUAAUGAACUCACGCUUACCGACGCACAAGAAUUGAUGUUGAAAGAAAAAGAAAAAGCCGGCUUUUGCUUCCUUAUCUU